CCAUUUAACAAGUAUGUAUGUUCAAAUAAUUUCGGUCUAGAAAACAAACCAAAUCACACCGAUUUUUGUAUUUAAUUGUGAUUUGUUUCCACUUAUACCGAUCUAGAGCACAUGGAUGGCAUCUUCAUCGUCUUAUUCUCACCCUGCACCCGCGCUUUCUUCUUCUCAGUCGUGUAAUUUUGAUGUAUUUCUUAGUUUUAGAGGAGAAGAUACCCGCAAGACUUUUGUAGAUCAUCUCUACUCGGCUCUUGUAGAUCGGAAAAUAUCUACUUACAAGGAUGAUGAAACACUUUCCCGAGGUGAAUCCAUCCGUCCUUCUCUCUUCGAGGCUAUCAAAGGAUCGCAGAUUGCUGUCGUUGUAUUCUCAGAAAAUUACGCAGACUCUUCCUGGUGUUUGGAAGAACUUGCAUAUAUUAUGAAAUGCAAGGAUAAGAGAGGGCUAACUGUUAUGCCCAUAUUUUAUGACGUGCUUCCCUCAGAAGUCAGGAAACAGAAAAGAAAAUUCGGGGAAGCAUUUGCCAAACAUGAGAUGGAGAACAUGGGCAAGGUUGAAUCAUGGAGAAAAGCACUUGUUGGUGCAAGUGAAAUUGCUGGAUGGGAACCCAAAAACAUUGCAAACGGGCAUGAAUCGAAAGCUAUCAAAGAAAUUGUUGAUGCAGUUUCAGAUAAGUUGUUUUCCUUAACUCCAGACGUUGAUGAAGACCUUGUUGGGAUGAAGGCUCGCUUGCAAGAACUAGAAGCACAAUUAAAACUUGGGUUAGAUGGUGUGCGAAUGGUUGGAAUAUGGGGAGUUGGGGGUAGUGGUAAAACUACUCUUGCAUCUUCUCUUUAUAUGAAAAUCUCUAGUAAUUUUAAAGGUCAUUGUAUUGUUGACAAUAUUCGAGAAGAAUCAACCAAACAUGGCUUAAAAACUCUCCAAGAAAAGGUUCUAUCAAGUCUUUUGAACACACAAAUAAAAUCAGAGAGUGUUGAAGUAGGAAAGCGCUUGAUAAGAAGUAGGUUAAGUCGUAGCAAAGUCUUAAUUCUUCUCGAUGAUGUCGAUGACAUUAAACAACUAGAUGCUUUAGCCGGAUCACAUUAUUGGUUUGGUAGUGGGAGCCGAAUAAUAAUUACUACAAGAGAUGAACAUUUGCUAAGAACCCACAAGGUAGACCAUGUGUCUCCUGUCACAUUAUUAUCACAUGAAGAGGCUAUUGUGCUUUUUACUAAACAUGCAUAUAACAAAAAUAGCCCUGUAUCAGAUUAUGAGAAACUUUCCUUACGUGUGGUUUCUUAUGCUGCUGGGCUCCCAUUAGCGCUCAAAGUUAUAGGUUCUUUUCUAUAUGACAAAAACGAGAAAGAGUGGAGGAGUACCUUGGCUAGAUUAAAAGAUAUACCAGAAACUGAAAUUUUGAAGCAACUCAAAAUUAGUUAUGAUGGGCUUAGGCCUACGGAGAAAGAAUUAUUUUUGGAUAUUGUGUGUUUCUAUAGGAGGACAAACAUUGAAGGAAUUGUUGAUGAUACUAUGGAUAUAUUUGAAGCUUGUGGUUAUUACCCUCAUGUAGGAAUAAAGGUGUUGAGACAAAAAGCUCUCAUCACUGUUGUGGAUAAUAGUCAUGGUGUUUGGUUUGAUAUGCAUGACUUGGUUCAAGAAAUGGGACAUUACAUUGUUAGAGGGGAACAUCCUAACAAUCCUGAAAAACAUAGUAGACUUUGGAAAAGUGAAGAAAUUGAAAACAUGUGUUUUGGGGAUAAAACAAUGGAAAAUGACGAGAUUAAAGGGAUAAGAUAUUUUAGUCGUUCUAGUUAUUCAUCACUCUUCUUUAAGAAUUUAUCAAACAUGAAGAAACUAAGGUGGCUAUAUGUAUAUCUAAGCCGUAAUGAAGUUGACAAUAUUGAAGGGCCUAAUAUUCUUUCAAAUGAGUUGCGAUAUAUUAGCUUUACAUAUUAUCCCAGAUGUCCAUUCCCAGAUGGUUGGAGACCAAUAAAGCUUGGUGUUUUGGAACUGUGUUGGAGCCUUCAAAAAGAACUUUGGAAGGGUUACAAGCUUCUACCACAUUUAAAAGUUCUUGUACUCCAAUGCAUGGAUAGUCUACUCAGCACACCAGAUUUUGAUGGGCUCCCAUGUCUUCAAAAGUUGAAACUUGAACUUUGUGAUGUGUUAAAAGAGAUUCACUCAUCACUUGGAAGACAUACAAGUAUUGAAGACAUAAGUAUAACAGGUUGUGAGCAGCUUAGAAUGUUUCCAACAAUUGUCCAGAUGGGAAAUCUGAAGACUCUUGAAAUCAACACAUGCCCCAAACUUUUAGAGUUCCCAGAGAUCAAAUCAAACAUGAAAAGCUUAGUCACGUUGUCUUUGAGUUGCAUGGGGAUAGACCUUCUGCUCUCAUCAAUUGGAGAAAGAUGUGCCAACCUUGUAUCGCUACGUCUGUGGCGUUGUUUCUUUUUAAAGAGCAUAGACGUCAACUUUUAUGGAUUGAAACAUUUGGAAGAUUUCACAUUAAAUGGAUUAGAUUAUAUGAAGAUGCCAGACGGUCUUCGUAUAUCUUUAAGACAUUGGUAUGGAAGUCGUCUUUCUAUUUGGUUGCAGUUUGUUUUCCCGCAGUUACGAAAGUUGGAUCUACGUGGGUGCGGUUUGAGAGAUGGAGAAAUCCCGUCUGGUAUUGGUGAGUUAUACAACUUACUAGAAUUAGAUCUAAGCGGGAAUGAUUUUACACGGUUACAUAUCAGCUUCUCGCAACUUACGCGACUCGAACUUCUCCGCUUGAAUGAUUGCAAUCAACUUGUUGAAUUGCCCAAGCUCCCAUCAGGUAUUGUUAUUCUUGAAGCAGACUCUUGCAAAUCACUUGCAACCGUUGGAGAUCUUUAUACAAAUUGUAAACGAUUAUGUCAUGUCUCAAUUAUGAAGGGUGUUCUAAUUGAAGGCGAGAGAUUACUAGAUUCCAUGCUUCAGGCAAAGACUAUUGAGAAUCAGAGUAUGUUUCUCUGUGUUGAAGGCCUUGGGAUUGCAAAGGAGUUUAUGCCUCCUCUUGUUAGAGGGGGAACAUGUAGAUUGAAACUUCCAAAGAAUUGGUGCAGUGACUUUUGUGGAUUUUUAAUGUGCGCUGUUGUAACAGCCGAGUUUUCUGAUUACCAUUCUUCUAUAGUGAUGAGUAUGGAUCAUAUGAUGAGUGGGGGUAUGUAUUAUGCAGAUGAUGUGAUUUGGGAGGAAGGUGAUAAUGAUAGAAUUACAAGUGUUUGGUAUGUUUCAUUUGCUUCGUUAAGACACACUGCAUGGUGGAAUGAGAUAUACCAAGAGGUUUUGUUUUCAAUACAUUUACAUGACUACGUGUGUAGUGGGGUUGGAGUUAGACUGGUCGCAAGGAAAAGCGGAUCAUAUGGUCUAACAGAAACAUCACCAACACAGGAGUAUGAAAUUUCUAAGUAUGCACCAAACUUCAAAAUUGGACAUGACUCACAAUAUGCUUUAGAGUGUGGGUUCUUGUUAUGGGAGGGAAUGCCGUUACUCUUUAGCCCUCUGCCUAAGGCAGACUGCCUUCAAUGAGAAAAAGAUGUUAAGGUUAUUGCAAUCCAUGCUUCAGGUCAUGAAUGUUCUUCCGUGGAUAAGUGUGGAGCACGUGAUCAGUGGGGGUAUACAAUUAUACAUUCCAAGGAAAAUGUGGGUUGAGAGCAGAGUGAUAGUAAUGGUGAUAAGUAAGUAUACAUGUGUCUGGUAUGUUUCAUUUGGUUCAUCGAGACACAUGGUAAUAUUUUGUAUUUUAUUGCUUUUAAAUGUGAGAAUAAACUUAUAAAUUGACAUUCUUAUCAAUGCAAAGUAUGUUACAGAUUUAAAUACCAUUA